AUGUGGAUUCUUGUACCCAGAGCUUGUGCGCCCUACGACGAGAGCUUCAUCAUUGGUACUGAACUAUUUCAAUGGAAGCUUCGGAAAAAGUUGAAGCAGAGCCUGAAAGAGCCACAUGCACAUGCACAGCAGCACAGGUACACAGACACGAUCUUUCCAGUCAACAUAGUACCACGAAUGGCAACGACGACAAUGACCGUAACACUACGAGUGCUCCUGUUUUAUCUUGGAUGUAUUGCGUUGGUCAACGCCGAGGACACUCCAUCUUCAACACCACCAUAUGAUCACUAUCCAAACCUAGGUUUGUUCGGCAAAUUCCAAAAACCCAUUGCCAGAGGAGCAACGGGAGACGUCGUGCUUUUCCAACACAACAAAACGAUGAAACGGUACGCGGUCAAGGCUUUUGUCAGAAACCACAUCCCCGAAUACGACGAGGAAUACGACCGCGACAUCAGAGAAGAGUUCAAUAUCGCCCGACGACUGGCGCAGCAUGGUAAUAUUGUGGAGACUUACGACCUCAUAUUCGACCCUCCCUCACACAGGUGGUAUAUGCCCAUGCAGUAUUGUCCUGACUUGUUGUCCGGAAGGAUUCGAGCUGCUUUCUCUACCGAGAAGUCGAAAGACCAAGAAACAGCAGUGGACAGCUAUCCUGGAGAUUCCCAAUCACACUCGGACCAAAGUUCGUUAAUGUCUUGUAUAUUUGGUCAACUCUUGAAAGGAUUGAGCCAUAUGCACGACCGAGGCAUAACGCACGGCGAUCUCAAACCAAACAACAUUGGCAUCGACGAAAGGGGUCAAGUUCGAGUUCUGGACUUUGGAAUUUCAUUUCAAACGUUGGACAUGUUGACUGGAGAGAAACGUUUACAAUGGGGUUUACGAGGUGCCAUCCCAUACGCCCCGCCAGAGGUUUACCUAGAAACUCUUUAUGACCCUGUCCCCGUCGACAUCUUUGCGCUAGCGAUCCUAUUCUGCGAGAUGACGGAGCCUCGGUUGCCUUGGAAGAGGCGUGUCUGGCCGGACUGGGAACGUGACUCGUUCAGUCUCUUUAGACAUGAUGCCAAGAUGAAGAAGGACAAGAAACGACAACAAGAAAGGUCCACCACCACCACCACCAACAAUAACAACGACGGUGAAGUCGGUCAAAGAGCGGUCAGCAGCCGUGACGAAGAUCUGAACGAGGAUGACCCUAAUGUCACAGCUGGUGGUCACCAUCGUACCUUUCCAUUCUUGGCCUUUGAGGAUUGGGAGACAGAAAUCCAUCGAGCCACGAUGGACAGUCUGGUGACUUUGCUCCCGGUCCCUUCGAGGUGGAUCAUUCGACGAAUGCUAGAACCCGACCCUAACAUGAGAGCGACCUGGACGGAUAUUUGGUCGGAUGAGUGGGUUCAAAGUCUCCAUGAAACUUGUUGA